CCAGUGGGCUGAUCCUCACUGUGGACUUCAGACAGGCUUUGGGUUGGUGUUAUUAAAGGACGGCAAGCAUCAGCUAGCAACUAGUGUGUUAAUACAAUGACAUCCAUGAACAAAGGCAAUGAAGCGAAGAGACCGGCAGGGAGCAGGAGGCAGCUCCUAGAAGAGCUGAACGAGAAGCGUGAGUCCUACUGUCUGGUGGAAAGAAGCAACCAGGUCAGCCAGCUAAGAGUUCAGAAGAGGCACUUCAGCCAGGCCUACCAGGCCUUAGCUUGCAUGCAUAUCAAAGAACACGUUCCCGAAAGUGACAGGACCUCCUGGAUCAAGCAGGAUCUCUUUGUGCACAAGGAGAAAAGGCACUUCCUGCCAAAAAAUAAUGCCAUAUUUGGAUAAAGUACGUCUCCAGAGACACACAAAUAAACUCUCUUCCAUCAGUC